CGAUGGCCGAAUUACCAGCGCUCAGAGAUCCCUACUUUUUAGCAGCCGUAGCUGGUAUCAUUAUAGCAUUCGGUUUAGGCGGUUAUCUCGGCUUAUUCAGCAGCAAACCAAAGCCAGUACUCGAUCCGAAGGAAUUCAAAGAGUUCCCUCUUGUAGAGAAGCACAAACUUAGUCCAAAUACCGCCCUUUAUCGUUUCGGAUUGGCAAACAAAACUGAUGUCUUGGGUUUGCCUAUCGGACAGCACAUUUCUGUACAAGCAGAGAUCAACGGAAAGCAGGUUAUGAGAUCAUACACCCCAACCUCAUCAGACGAUGACAAGGGACACUUCGAUUUGGUCGUCAAGACCUACGCUCAGGGUAACAUCAGUCUUUUCCUCGAUAAGCUCCAAUUGGGUCAAAAUGUUCGCAUUAGAGGUCCAAAGGGUCAAUUCAAGUAUGACGAGAAUCUCACACACCACAUCGGUAUGAUUGCAGGUGGUACUGGCAUUACCCCAAUGCUUCAAGUUAUUCGCGCUAUUCUUAAAAACCCACGCGACACAACUCAAGUCGAUUUGAUCUACGCCAAUGUCACAUUCGAUGACAUCCUCAUGAAGAAAGAAAUCGACGACCUUGUCAAGCAAGAGCAAGAUAAUGGAAAGAACAGAUUAAGGGUUCUUUACGUUCUUAACUCACCACCAGCUAGCUGGGAUGGUGGUAUUGGCUUUGUCAACAAGCAAAUGAUCGAAGAAAGAUUUCCUCCUGCAGCCAAAGAGGGUAAGGUCUUGCUCUGUGGUCCACCACCAAUGAUCAAUGCAAUGAAGAACCAUCUCAACGAGCUCAAGUACCCUGCUCCACGUGCUGUUUCGAAGUUGUCUGAUCAAAUUUUCUGUUUCUAGAGGUUUUUAUAAGGGAAUGUUUAAUUGUU